AUGGUGUUCUUGCAGUACGAUCCACCAUCACCGUGCUACAGUAACCCAACAGACAGUGAGCCGCCGUCGCCGGACUCGGGUUUCUCAUCCGACGAGAAUGUGUCGCCUCUCUCACGCAGGUACUAUGAUUUGCGUUUUCCGGACGUGAGAAGACAACUUACCGUCAAGACUCUACGCCGUUCCAGAUCGAAGGCGUGUGCCAAACGUGUGCGUUUUGCUGACGCUCUUGGCUUGGACUUGGAAAAACGACAGUACUUCACGGAAAAAGAUCCAGAUCUUUUCCCGACACCACCAUCUUCUCCAACUCCUGGACAUCGCCUUGUGCUGUCCAACUUCGUUUAUUGCUCUGAAUCCGAAUAUAAUCAGCGAGCUCGCGACCAAAUGGUGUGUUUGGCGAAGCUACGCGUUCAUGGUCACACCAUAAAUGGCCAGGUCAACGUCGCAAACAUCGCUUUUUCCAAAGAGGUUGCGAUUCGCUACACUACCAGCAAUUGGGCCACCCACGACGAGGUCGCCGCAACUUACGGACACACCGUCUUUGGCGCUGACAACGUCGACGCCUUUGUAUUCUCAAUGAUGCUUCCCGCAGGUGUAAAG